AUGACUUAUGGUACUACCGGCGCUGUUCUUAUGCCUUCUCUUCCGCGGACUCAUCAUGGCCACAUUUUUACAGGGUCCACCCGUUUCCGCGAGAUCUCUGCUAGGACCGUACCCGAGCGGGUGGCCGAGAUCCUGCAGGAUCGUGAAGUAUCAUUGGAUACGCCACAAAAGAGAUGCCUUACGGCUAUUGUCGAAUCAUUCUUGAACCCCCGUCAGCUCUUUCAAACACACCGCAGCACCCACGAAGAUCUCACCGCUCUUCAGGUUGGACGUCUUCAGCAGACUGCAUCUUUAGCUUUAGCUGUGCAUUAUAUACUGUGUAGCGCGGCUUUACGUACAUAA